AUGACUGCCAUUGAUAGUAGCGAGGGGGAAAGGAAAACUCACCGUGCAUCAAGGAAACCUUGUUACCGAACAGCCAAAACAACCUCUUCUGCCAGCGUGCAAGCUGGAAUUGAGCAAGGCGUGCUCUUUUGCUUUGCCUGUCAGUUCCGUCUCGGCUGCUGUCGUCCGCCACUUUACGCGUGGUUGGGUCAGAGGCGCGAAAUAGUCGCGCAUUACGUCAGCGAGAAAGCUGUCCUACUUACAUUCAAGCUGUUGAACUCCCAGCAGGACGCCAGGCCAGACCACCACGCCUUUCUAUAG